AUGACUGAAGUCAACAUCCUGCCUCAGCCGUAUCUGUGGCUUUUUCUAAUUCUUGAACCUUCCAUCAUAGCCAUCGCGUUGCUCUGCAUCGUCGCGUCACCCGCGAACCAUUUCCAUUCUCUCGCGCCCGCUGAUAAAAGAUCAUGUAAUGGACUUCUCUUUUCGCAAGACGUAACUCAACCAGUGUGCGACCAAGUGUCUGCAUGGCAUACGCCACAGCUCCGCGUCCUACUGUACCAGACCAUGGCUGCACUAGGGUUCAGCGGUGUGAUCGAACCUAUGCUCAUUUAUACAGCACGAUACAAACUACAGAACACACGAGACGCACAAGUUGUGGUUACAGCUGUAUUGCUGGCGCUUAUGGCAUUUGAUGUGCUCCAUGCGACGAGCGUGCUAGGCGUGGUGGGAGUUAAAGCAGUGCUUCCGGGAUCGGACAUAGACCCCUAUGCGUCGGUGAAUGUUUGGGUUCCGAUGGCAUGGAUAGGGCCAGAUACUAUCUACGAUGAGAACCGAUUACCCAUAGUGGAUCGUUCAAGUUGCUUGAUCAAUGCUGAAGGGUUAGAGAUCCUACCCCUAGGCACCCAACCAUUCGAAUUCUUCAAUAUCGCUGGUAACCCCGAGGAAUUGAUGGCAUUUAUGGUCCAAAACCCCGGCUUGCUGCCAGGCAUGCGCACCAUUCGCAGUGGAGCGAUACAGAAGCGCCGCCGCGAAAUGAAAACCAUCUGUUCUGGAUGCUGGCGCUCAUGUCAUGAGACGGGAGAUGGAACGACAAUGCAUCAUAUCCAUGAACAUGUGCAAGACUGUGCUGUCGACUCCUGUGCACGGCCAUUUAUUGCAGAUGUUAUUAUCGCGAACUCUCCGGGCUUUGUCCACCUGAGUUGCGCCGAAACGCUGGGAGUUCCUUUGAAUAUGAUGUUCACGUAA